AUGACUGAAGAUAGCGAGGUGGACACCAAGUAUAGCGCUGUUAUAGGUAAGGUGGCCCCUGUGCUGCAAGCAAUGGCAAAGCAGGUGAUCUUGGAGCAAUGUGGACCUGAGAUGAAGACGUACCUGAUCGAACGGCAGUGCUAUGGGAUGUCUCUGCGUCUGGUUCAGGAGCACAGCGCGUCUUACCAGGUCGCACACGUACGACAGGGUGAUACUGCCAGGAAGCCAGUGAAACGAUCAGAUCCGAGGCCCACUGCGUCGGUGCGGUGCUUGGCGAUAUCGGCCACAGACGCCGAGAAGCGGCUGGAGUCUAUGCUAAAGGAAAGGAGAAAGGCGUUUCUGCGACAAGAGAGACCGUCCUGGAACUGCCUCAACAAGAGACUAGCAGUAUACUGUGAUCGAGAGACUGAUGGAGGUGGCUGGAUUGUGUUUCAGAGAAGACAGGAUGGCUCAGUGGACUUUUACCGUGACUGGAAUGCAUACAAACGAGGAUUCGGAUCAGCGUCUGGAGAGUUCUGGCUGGGUCUAGAUACACUACACUAUCUGACGUCACAAGCUGGUAGUACUUAUGAACUGCGUAUUGAUAUGGUCUUCAAGACAACUGGAGAGAAGCAUUACGGCAAGUGGUCAACAUUCCUUGUUGAAGGUGAAGCUAACAAUUACAGACUUCAUAUAUCAGGAUUCUCAAGCCCUUCCUUGACGGACAUGAUGAAUUACCACAAUGGACAACAGUUCAGUACUCGAGAUCGUGACCAUGACUCUAGUAGGGGUGACUGUUCUAAUGCACACAAAGGUGGUUGGUGGUAUAACAACUGUCACCAUGUCAAUGUCAAUGGAUUGUAUGGACGUAGAGAUGGAGACCUAACUGGCGUAGUGUACUAUCAAGGCGGGUACAAGAGUUUGAAGUUUGUGGAAAUGAAGCUAAGAAGGCGUGGCUAA